AUGAAGAGUCUGAAGCUCAGGAGGAAGAGGAGGGAUCAGCUGCUCAGGUUUGCAGAUCUCAUCAGCUGUGACAUCCAGCGGUAUUUCGGUCGCUGCUCUGGCGAUCAAGAAGCUUGCGACAUCUACAGCGACUCGGUCUCCGUCACAACCAGCGGGCGUCUGCGUUACUAUGACGACCUGCUGAAAAUCGCGAGAGCGGGAAGUCCAGAGGAGCAAGAGAACAGCCUGGUGACUUGUGCUGAUGAUCAAGGAGUCGGGGUUGCUAAGGGCAACAACAGUUUGGGGCCCCUGGCUGAACUGUUCAACCACAGGGUCCCGAGUCAGGGCCGCAGCCGACCAAUGAUCAAGCGGCAUCUCCCGCUCAGUUUCUGGACGGAGCCAGUCCCCUGCUGCUCUCUGGUCGGUUUCAGCAACACACCUGACGUCACACACACAAACAGCGACACACCUUCGCAGGACAGCACACACACAGACGCUAACACACACACGCACUACAACCCGCUCCCACAUCACAACACACACUCCCUCGACGGCACUCAGCCGGACUUCAGUGACUUGCUGGCAAACUGGGAUCCAAACCCGGAGCUCACACACACACUGACGGAGAACACACACAUGCAGCAUUAAA